AUGGUGAAGAGUCAGCAGUGUGAGAAGGCAGCUGUGAAGAAAGGGCCAUGGAGCCCUGAUGAGGAUCACAAGUUGAUAGCUUACAUUCAGAGAUAUGGUAUUUGGAAUUGGAGUCAGAUGCCAAAACCUGCUGGUCUGGCAAGGUCUGGGAAAAGUUGUAGGCUUCGUUGGGUGAAUUACUUGAGGCCGGAUAUUAAGCGCGGAAGCUUCAGCAAGGAGGAAGAGGAGGCCAUACUCAAGUUGCAUGAAACAAUGGGAAAUAGAUGGUCUGCUAUUGCUGCAACACUUCCUGGAAGAACAGACAAUGAAAUUAAAAAUUACUGGCACACCCACUUGAAAAAACGCUUCAAGGCGACUGAACCAGUACAAGAAGCACAAGUGUUCAAUGAAAAGAAGAAGUUGUUUUCUGAAACUGAACUCUUUCUUCUGGGUGAAGCUCCAAAGGCAUCAAAGUUGGAGACAACUUCAACUUCAUCAAGCUCUGGUACUGUUCAUGGUGAUCAUAAUAAAGACCAGAUUGCAGAGCAGAACAUUUGUGCAUGUGAAACAUUUGGUGAACUACAAAGUUUGUGGGCAGAGUCACACAUUGUGCGGGAUUCUGAGGCAAUAUUUACAGAUCCUGGAUUCACAUUAUCCAAUCCUCCAACUCAGAGUUGGCUGCAAGAGCCCAUAUUCCCUUCUGGUUCAUCAUACAAUGAUGCCUCCAAUGAUUAUUGGGUUAAUUUAUCAAUGCAGGCUGAAAUAGAUGGAAUCUGA